AUGCCAGGUUCAUCAAAAAAUGGAAGCAUCCUCGGUAGAAAAUAUGGAAAAUUAAAAAAGAGUGACGACGAAUUCGAUGGUUACAACUCUGAGAAUCAUCCAAGAAAAAACAGCCCCGUCAUCACCAUCGACGCUCCCCAUUUAGAUCCUCUUAUGGCCGCUGAUAACUCUCCAUUCGACGCUACUCUCUCUCCAUUAUCAAAAUCACCAUGGUCCUCACAUCUCAACGAAGACGCUUCAUCUUCCAGCGAAGAAGCUCUUGUUGGUUCAUUAGUCCGCGAGGAAGGUCACAUUUACUCACUCGCUGCAACUAAGGAUUUAUUAUACACCGGUUCCGACAGCAAAAACAUUCGUGUUUGGAAAAAUCAAAAUGAGUUUGCAGGGUUUAAAUCAAACAGCGGUUUAGUUAAGGCAAUUGUUAUUGCCGGUGAGAAAAUUCUCACCGGACAUCAAGACGGAAGAAUCCGUGUUUGGAAAGUUUCCGGGAAGAACGAACGGGUUCACAGAAGAGUCGCAACAUUGCCGACGCUAAGAAAUUAUAUAAAGUGUUCGAUGAAACCAAGUAACUACGUAGAAGUUAAAAAACAUCGUAAUAUGUUAUGGAUCAAACAUUAUGAUGCAAUUUCGUGUCUAAGUUUAACGGAAGAUCAUAAGUUAAUUUACUCAGCUUCGUGGGAUAAAACAUUUAAAGUUUGGCGUUCUUCGAAUUACAAAUGUUUGGAAUCAGUGACGGCUCACGACGACGCAGUUAACGCGCUUGUCGUCGGAUUCGACGUUUUAGUUUUCACCGGCUCAGCCGACGGUACAGUCAAAAUGUGGCGACGCGAAAUGCAAGGGAAAACUACGAAACAUUUUUUUUCACAGACGUUAUUGAAACAAGAAUGUGCGGUGACAGCUUUAGCGUUGAAUUCGGAAGGGACGUUUUUAUACGCAGGUUCUUCGGAUGGGUUGGUUAAUUAUUGGGUGAGGGAAACAAAUUUGGAACACAGUGGAGUUUUGAGGGGUCAUAAAUUGGCGGUUUUAUGUUUAGCGACGGCUGGAAGUUUGGUAUUCAGUGGUUCUGCGGACAUGGCAAUUUGUGUGUGGAAAAGAUCAAUGAGUAACGAACAUGCUUGUAUGACGGUGUUGUCGGGACAUAGCGGGCCGGUGAAAUGUCUCGCCGCCGAGAAGGAUCCUGAUGCGAUGUUGAAUGAGAAAAGAUGGAUUUUAUAUAGUGGGAGUUUGGAUAAGUCUGUUAAGGUUUGGAAGGUUAAUGAGAGUGGGGGACAACAAAAUAAUCACCCUCAACUACCUCGUGUUAGUGUUAGCAACGACUUUCCUAGAGCCUCGUCGUUAAGGAAAAUGGGGUCGCGAAGAUACUAA